AUGAGUAUUUGUUUUGUCUGGAAACAGCUGCAACCCCUAGUGGAUGAAGAAAGAAAGAAGGGAAACAUCGCUUGCAUAAAAUAUGAUAAACUCGUAGUGAAAAAACCAAAGGACAAAAAUAGAGGAAAAAGAACAAGAGAAUCCUCAGACUCUCUCAACCAAGAAGCACAGAAAAAAGCCAGCAAAAGCAAAACACCACAAUCUUACACAAAGAAACAAACUGAAAAGUCUACAACAAAUAAACUUAAGCAAAACCAACAAAAAAUAUGUCUCCCACAACGGCUGGUCCCCGCGGGAGCACUAGACCAAAACCCUCCAGCAAAAAGAAGCGAAACAUUUAACAUCGCAACACUUAACACAAGAACUCUUAGAACACAAGAAAGCUUACUUGAAUUGGAUAAAGCGCUAGAAAAUGUGAAAUACGAUAUCCUAAGCAUAAGCGAAAUUAGGAGAGUAGGAGAGAAAAUAACAGAACUAAAUGAGUACAUACUUUAUCAUAAAGGCGAAACACCUGGCCAACGAGGAGUAGGAUUUUUAAUUAAAAUGGCAAUGAAAAACUAUAUACAAGAACUGAUAGGUGUCUCAGACAGAAUAGUAAUAUUGAAUAUUAAUUUACCGAGAUACAAAAAACCGUGGACAAUCAUACAAACAUAUGCACCUACAGAACAAGCACCGGAAAGUGAAAGCGACGCCUUUUACUGCACCCUGUCAGAUAUUAUAAAACAAUACCACAAUAACUUUAUCAUUGUUAUGGGUGAUUUUAAUGCACAGGUAGGCUGCAGAGAACCUGGCGAAGAACUGAUAUUGGGCAAAUAUGGAUAUGGAAAGAGAAGUGCCAAUGGACACAGACUAAUUGAACUUCUACUACAAAACAACUUAACAUUACUCAAUACAGUCUUCAAAAAAGAUCUCAAAACCAAGUGGACCUGGCUAUCACCCGAUGGCAAAUACAAAAACGAAAUCGAUUUUGUAAUAACUAACAAACCAAAGUUUUUUAAUGAUACACACAUUAUUAAAAAUUUAAAUUUUAACACAAACCACCGAAUGGUACGCUGCCGUUUAAAGAAAUAUCCAACCAAAAGAAGCAGAGAUAAAAUUAAAAAUAAAAUGACAGUGGAACAACACAGAGAAAAAAUAGAUUUGUCUCUAAUCGAUAACCUAAAAGAAAUACUAAACUCAAAUAGAAGUGCCAUAGAAAAAUACGACCUCAUGAUUAAGCAACUGUCAAGAUUGAGGAAAGGGAACAUUACUAAAGAAGUGAAAUUUAGUGAGAAAACAAUGGAGCUCCUAAAGGAAAGAAACGCAUUAAUAAAAGACAAAUCAAAAACCCAAGAAAAUUGA